GAAGUUUUGAUCACGUGAUCCAACUCCAUUGUAAAUAUUUUUCUCCAGAGGGUGAAUACUUGCUGAUGUCGCUGUUUUAACCGCACACAUUUUCACGAUCUAAUAUUUCCUUACUUUUAACGGCGUAUGAUUAGUUUUGCAUAUCUACAGUAUUUGAAUAGUGAAGUUAAGCAGAAAAGAUGAACGUAGAUCUUCCGCAAACAGGACAGACCGGAGCUGCAGCGGCAUCCAUCACAUCCAGCAGCAACUGCGUCCCGAACAGCACCUCUGCCGCGAAUGCCAGCAGCAUACCUGCGGUCGGCAGCAGUAAUGUUUCCACCUCGGCUGCCAUGGCAACCCCAUCUGAUUCGGCCGUGUCAAACGGCGUGUAUAUGCCCACAGGUAUCACCAAUGGCGAUGUAAAGCCUGUUAUCUCAUCGACACCACUGGCUGAUUUCCUGAUGCAGUUGGAGGACUACACACCCACUAUCCCAGAUGCAGUUACAGGAUACUACCUCAAUCGAGCUGGUUUUGAAGCGUCAGAUCCAAGAAUAAUCCGUCUCAUCUCACUGGCAUCUCAGAAGUUCAUUUCAGACAUUGCAAAUGAUGCACUGCAGCACUGCAAAAUGAAAGGCACAGCCUCUGGAAGCUCCAGAAACAAAGCCAAGGACAAGAAGUACACACUGACAAUGGAAGAUCUGACUCCAGCACUGUCAGAAUAUGGCAUAAAUGUUAAGAAACCUCACUACUUCAUUUGAGGAGAUGUGCCUCACAUACAUAGACUGCUGGAAUUGUGUUUGUCACAUCAAAGCUCUG